UGUGGCUCACGCUGAGGGAACUGGACCUUUAACAGCCAUCCUAAAGGUUACACCGCUCCUACCUGCUUCCACCCUGAAUCCAGACGAGUUAUCCCGGGUUAAACUUACAUUUAGCCUCUUUCUGGAGCUUUAGACUGAUUUAAAACACUUUGUGUGUUUAGCUCGGGUCGUCUUUUGGCCGUUUGUGUACAUCUGCGGACGGACACACCCUCUGAAGUUAAACCGCCGAGCGGAUUUACACCGAAACUGAAACGUUUUAUUCCUCAUUGAGCGGGUUAAAAAUGGCUUAUCCAGGAUACGGAGCUGCUCCAGGUGGAUUCCCAGGACAGCAGCAGGAUCCUCUCUACGGAUAUUUUUCAGCUGUAGCUGGACAGGAUGGACAGAUCUCUGCAGACGAGCUGCAGCGCUGCCUCACACAGUCCGGCAUCGCAGGCUCAUACAAACCCUUCUGCCUGGAGACCUGCAGGCUGAUGAUCAGCAUGCUGGAUAGGGACAUGUCCGGCACCAUGGGCUUCAACGAGUUCAAGGAGCUGUCGCAGGUUAUCAACGGGUGGAAGGCCACUUUCUCAUCGUACGACCGGGACCACAGUGGAACAGUGGAGGGCCACGAGCUGCAGCAAGCCAUCAGCGGCAUGGGUUUUAAUCUGAGUCCUCAGGCCAUGAACGUCAUCAUGAGGCGCCACAGCACAAACGGAAGAAUCGCCUUCGAUGAUUUUAUAAGCUGCUGUGUGAAACUACGAGCCCUGACCUCUCAGUUCCAAAGCAGAGACAUGUCCCGAACAGGCCAGGCCACGUUUGGCUAUGAUGAUUUUAUCCAGGUCACCAUGAGCUUAUGAAGAGGAAAACACCAAACUGAAGGGAAACACCAACUUUUAACAUCUCCUCAUAUUAACAGCACCACCUGUACUUCCAAUGUGUGUUUUAAAUGUUAAUCAUUAGAGUUCAUACAGUGUUAAAAUGUCACUCUAACAUUCCAUUGUUUUUUUAAAGGACUAAUGCAGAUUGUAACACACGUAUAAGACUGUUGUAACCUCAGGCUGCACCAAUGAUGGACCACUAUGUGCCUGUUAGCUCAUAAUCAUGGCAGACAUCAGAGUGUGAGCAUGUAUGAAAUGAAUAAACAUAUCCAACAAGAACA